CAUAUUGUGAUUUGAUUGUGUACUGUAAACUUGUAAACAUUGCGAUUGUAAUUGUUGUUAUCUGUUAUGUUGUUUAGUUUUCACGUUUCAAUUCAAUUGUUCUGUUCGUGUCUUCCUCUCACUGGUUCUUGUUUAAGUUCAAUUCAACUCGACUAAAAUUCGGUGCCCAUGAUGUGUUAUAUGUUGUAGUGCAACUACAGUAGUUGUAUUGGAAACAUUGUCUACAGAAAACUUUAGGUUUGAAAAUCCCUUUCAAAAACUUGAAGGCUACACCCAAGCAGAAUAUUAAAAGAAUUAGACAAUAGAUAUAAGUAUAGACACUGAUUGCUGAGGCAAGACAAAAGUAUUUCCUCCAGAGUUAACGAAGGACAUACCCAUAAAAAGAAGAAAAUAUGGUGGGGUUAUGCUGUGACCUUGUUUCAAGUUAAUAUGGUUCUGAAUUGAAAAUAUAUUCUUAGUACACCACUUUGUACACUUGGUUACUCUACUCUGGAGUAUAAACACAAUACUGAAACAGAUAAAAUCAUGUCUGAUCAAAUAGAAGUAAAACAAGAAUUUAGUGAAGUGUGUAAAAAAGAAGAAGAUGAUGAUGAGGUGGGUGAUACACUACUGGAUACCUUUAAAAUCGAGAUCAAGGAGGAACCUAAGAAGGAAAGUGCCAGUGAUACAUUUGAUUCUGCAGACCUUAAGGAGUAUCCUAUAAAAACCGAAGAACAAGAUGGUAUUUCUUACGAAGAGAUUCCAAGUGAUGUAUGUGACCUGUUAAAAUAUACUGGAAAUAACUUGAACGAAAAUUUAACUGCUACUACGAAUACGACCAUCGGAGAAAAACAUUUUGAAUGUGAAAUAUGCUUGAAACAAUUAAAAACAAGUUUUACUUUAAAAGAACACAUGAGAAUACACACUGGGGAAAAACCCUUUAAAUGUGAAAUUUGCACUAAACGGUUUUCAUUGAAGCAACGUUUAAAAGAACAUAUGACAGUGCAUACUGAUGAAAAACCUUUUACAUGCAAAAUAUGCACCAAACAGUUUUCAAUAAAGUAUGGUUUAAAAAGACAUAUGAGAGUUCACACUGGUGAAAGGCCUUUUAGGUGUGAUAUAUGCAACAAACAGUUUUCACUUAGUUGUACUUUACAAUCACAUAUGAGAUUGCAUACUGGUGAAAAACCUUUCAAAUGCAUAAUAUGCAAUAAACAGUUUUCACAUUCUUGUAGUUUAAGAUGUCAUAUGAGAAUGCAUACUGGUGAAAAACCUUUCACAUGCCACAUAUGCAAUAAACCGUUUUCACAAAGUUCCAAUUUAAAACAUCAUAUGAAAGAGCAUGAUGAAAAACCUUUCACAUGCCGCAUAUGCAAUGAACAGUUUUCACAAAGUUCUAGUUUAAAACAUCAUAUGCAGACGCAUACUGGAAAAACACCUACUACGUGUGAAAUAUGCAACAAACAGUAUUCACACAGUACAUACUUAAAAUUACACAUGAGAGUGCAUACUGGUGAAAAGCCUUUCACAUGUAAUGUAUGUGCCAAACAGUUUUCAUAUAGUUAUUCCUUACAAUCACAUAUGAAAGUGCAUACUGGUGAAAAACCGUUUGCUUGUGAAAUUUGCACUAAACGAUUUUCAGUGAAGCAACGUUUACAAGUACAUAUGGCAGUUCAUACUGAAGAAAAAUCUUUUACAUGCAAAAUAUGCACCAAACAUUUUGCAAGAAAGUAUGGUUUAGAAAGACAUAUGGGAGUGCACAGUGGUGAACGGCCUUUUACGUGUAAUCUAUGCAACAAACAGUUUUCAAUGAAGAAUGACUUAACAAAUCAUAUGAGAGUGCAUGCUGGUGAAAAACCUUUUACUUGCAAGAUAUGCUACAAACAAUAUAGACACAGUUCUAAUUUGACAGUACAUAUGAAAACACACACUUUUUUGAUGGGGGGCCGCAAAGUCAAAGAAAUUCUAUAGGAGGGCCAGAUUUAUAAAAAAAUGCAUUUUGUGUUAAAUCUAUAUACAGUGCUAGUCAAAAGUCCGUACCCCCCCUCGUAUCUUUCGAACGGUUAUACCUAUAAUAGGGAAAUUUGUAGGGAGGAAAUAAACGGACGUGAGCUUCUUAACUAGUCAUGACAGGUGACGUAAUAGUGACAGAUGACGUUACAGAGCCACUGUGACCGAUAAUUUUAAAUGGGACCUUAUGGCAAGUGAUACCUCGUUUGAAAGGUAUUCAAAAUACCUAUUCAGUCAUACUAAUUUUUUUGGAUUUUAGUUGAUUUUGAUUUUGGUGAAUAUAUUAAAUUAAUAUAAUAUUUUAGUUUCGCAUUUAAUUAAUAAAAAUUCAAAUGUCCUUAAACUCAAUCAAAAUUAGUAUGACUGAAUAGAUAUUUUGAAUACCUUUCAAACGAGGUAUCACUUGCCAUAAGGUCCCAUUUAAAAUUAUCGGUCACAGUGGCUCUGUAACGUCAUCUGUCACUAUUACGUCACCUGUCAUGACUGGUUAAGAAGCUUACGUCCGUUUAUUUCCUCCCUCCAAAUUUCACUAUUAUAGGUAUAAUCGUUCAAAAGAUACGAGGGGGGUACGGACUUUUGACUAGCACUGUAUAUAUAUUAUCCAUAUCGAUGGACCCUCGGAAGGCCGGAUUAAAUACUUUCGCGGGCCGAAGUUGGCCUAUCUUUGGUACUUUGUCCAUCACUGCACUAGAGGAACGAGGUUUUAAAAGGCAGGCUUAUACACUACACGGGAAAAUUAACGGAACACCUUAAAAAUGGGACAUGUUAGAUGUCUCGAAUUUUCUAAACCCGUUGUCUGAUUUGAGUGUUGUUUUAGUAUGUUAUAGCCUUAUUAUUUAAUAAAAUCGAUGUAAUAAUAUUGUUGCUAGACAGGUAAAUGUCAUUUUAUACGGGGUGUAACAACAGUCGUAGCUACUGUGUUUUGUCCUUAAAGUUCGAAAUAUUAAAAUUAAAACUCAAGUGUAACCUUUAUUUUCUUUUUUGAUUCAUUUGCUUAUCGUCCGUGAUGUGACAAUACCUCCAAUAUGCUUUUUCAUCAUGAGUUUUGUAAGAGCGACGAAUAACCUCUUUUAGGGCCACCUCCUGUUUUCAUAUGUCAGUUUUGACUGGUUUUGUAGUAAAUAAAUAGUUGAAUUUACUACAAAACAAGUCAAAAAAUGUCAUAUGAAAAUAGGAGGUGACCCUAUAGUCUCUCUUACAACUUAGAGAGGUCUUAGACGUUAGACUCUCUUACAAAACAUGAAAAAGCAGAUAGGAUGUAUUGCCACAUCACCGACGUUAUGUUGGAUAAUAAAAAAGUUAGGUAGGUACGUUUACAACUAGCCAUGUUUUUCAUCAAUAAAUCGUCAUUUUCUGCUUAGUUAAAUAAACAAGCCUAAAGUAGGCUAUGAGAAGUCAACAUUUUAAUAGAUGUCAAAUUGUUAAGAGUCAAAAAGUGUCUAGUUUGUUAUGGAAAUUGGUAGAUUUAUUAUUAAAGUUUCAAUUAAGUCCGUAUUUUUUUUUGUUUGGUGGAAAUGUAACGCGCUACAAGGAAUUUGACGCGCGAUGAGUGUGUUCAAGCAGUGAUAUUACAUAGCGAAGGACUUGGCUACUAUGCUAUCGGCUCCUUAUAUUGGUAACAAUUUUUUGCUAAUGCACGGUAAUGCCAGACCUCACGUUGACGAACUGUAACCGAAUAUUUACAACAGAUAAAUCUUCGGACUUUAAAUUGGCCAUCACAUAGUCCAGAUCUUAAGCCGAUUUAACAUUUUGUGAAACAUAAUUGGCAGAAGACUACGGCAGCGUUUGCCACCUAGAACCUUACAAGAGGUAAAAACAGUAGCUCUAGAGAUUUGGAAUGAUAUUGAUCAAGACCAAAUAGUAUACGUCAUUUGUAAUAUAAAAGUACAUAUCUCUUUUAUUAUCAAAAUAAAUGAAUGAAUCAAAAAACAAAAUGUUAAGAAGGCCUAAGGCUACAAUUGAGUUUUAAUUUCAAUAUUUUUCUAUAGCUAGAAUAUUCCACAGGGUGUUCCGAACUUUAAUGAAAAAACACACUAUGAUUAUUAACCAGGUACACAAUGACAUUUACCUGUCUACCAACAAUAUUAUUACAUCGAUUUUCUUAAUUAAUAAGGUUAUACAUACCAUACUAAAAAAAUCACUCAAAUCGGACAACAGGUUUAGGAAAUUCAAGACAUCUAACAUGUCCCAUUUUUAAGGUGUUCCAUUAAUUUUGUCGCUGUGUGUAUUAUGAGUCGGGAAAAUUAUUGUGUAGAUUAAAUUAUAAUAAUUGUAACAUUUUCUCCCAGUAAUUGGUUACACUGUAAAUAUGUAUACUGAAUAAUAAAGAACUUAUUGAUAAUUUUU